AUGGCUGAUGAAGCUUUGGAUUUGCCAUGCGAUUUGUGUGGGUUCGUGGGCUUGGAAGAUGGUUCUGAUGGCUACUUUUACUGCCGGGGUUGUAGCGCCCAAGCUGAUGGAGUUCGGGCCACUGCUGUUGAGAACGAUGACCUGCUUUUGACCAAAGAUAACGUCGCCUCUAGUUUUCAAAGGCGUGCAUCCGUUGUUAAGCCAAACCUGUUAUCCCAAUCCCAACCCCGGUCGCAAUUUUGGGAAACUGUGUAUAGGGCCUAUGAGGAUGAUGCCAAAGCGAGUGAUGCUGUGGGCCCAACUGAACCUGAUGACUUUGCCACGAAGCCAAGAACUCUAUCUUAUGAAGAUUAUUGGACUGAGCUUAGGAGGAGGUACCUGAUGGGAGUUCAGAUAAUGAUCCAAUUGCAGGUUAUGGCUUUGGUUCAAAAGUUCAAUGUGAAUCGCAUAAUCGUUGACAUGGCUCACUCCAUUUGGUUAAACUUUGUGGCAUCAACUAAGGUUUUAACUGCUGACUGGCUUAACGUGGUUACUAAUAAAUCAGAAUCUCAAGUACAAGGGGAAGUGGAAAUUGUUAAGGCUAAGGGUAAACAUAAAGCCGAACCUCAUAAUUUACUCGGGAAACGUCUGAUCGUAAUAUGGUACCAAUCUUUGAGCAAGGAAAUACCUUUAUCUUGCUCUUUAAUGAUUUCUUUUCUGUCGUGUCAUUUGGCAAGAGAGCCGAUUCUGCCAACAGAUAUAAUUAAGUGGGCACUUGAAGGCGGGCUCCCUUAUUUUGCCGCUUUUGUAGAAAUAGAGAAACAAAUGGGGCCUCCUACUAACGCAUGCCCACUAAAAUCAAGUUUUAUGUUUGGAUGCAAAGAGGCUAUUUCAGUCCAAAAGCUAGAGUCAUCUGCUGCUUCUAUAGCCCAUCGAAUAGGAUUGAAGUUACCUCCGGUCCACUUCUAUGCGAUUGCUUGGCGUUAUCUCAAACAACUGUCUCUUCCAGUUGAUACUAUACUUCCUCACGUACGCCGAAUAUAUGAGUGGGCUAUGCCUCCCGAGUUGUGGUUAUCAACUAACGAGUGCAGGCUUCCUACACGUGCAUAUGUAUUGUCUAUACUUAUAGUUUCAAUUAGGAUUCUUUACAAUAUACAUGGUUUCGGGAAGUGGGAGAUGUCAUUGCCUGGCACCAUCAAGAAACGAGAUGGAAAAAAGUCAAAAGUUGCGAAUGGUUCAGCUGCAGAGGCUGAUAAUAUGCAAGCCACACCAAGGUUGGAUGCUACUCCUAUUUUACUUGUACUCCAAUCAAAAUACAAUGAGCUCAUUGAUACAAGUGAUUUCUCCAAGGAUUUGGAUGCAUAUCUUAAAUUCUGUAAGGAUGUGGUUUUCGCUGGUGUGGAGGACGACCUCUCAUUCGAGGAUCAUGACGAAUCUCAGAUUAUAGAGGACCUUAUGGCUAUUUAUAAGAAGAAUGAGGAUAAUAAAGCAAAGGAGGCACCCUCAUCCACAAGCACUAGUAGGCCCCUCAAGGGACCCGAACAUUGUUCAACGAGCAAGACGAAGAAGAAGAAGAAGAAGACCAAGGCAGGACCUCAAACUGACAAUGAACAAAUCACCCUUGAACCUUACGAGUCUCCUAAAGAAGCAGCAAUAAGGCAAAUGAUAUCAAAUAUGGAAGAGAACAACUUUACUUAUAUCCCUCCAAGGUCAAAAGUAAAAAAACACGAUUACAUACACUACACACGGAAAAAAAAAGAUGGGGCCUAUGUCUAUGCUGCACAUGCAGAUUAUUACAUUCUGUUGCGUUCUUGUGCAAGAGUGGCUCAAGUUGAUGUCAGGAUUAUGCAUGAUGCAGUGACGAGUUUUGAGAGGCGUUUGGCUUGGUUAGAGAAGAACAUUGAACACGUGUUAAAACAAAUGCCUUUUUGUGACUCUUGCCCGUCCUGCAACGGUGAUGAGAUGGAUAUAACUGAGUGAGAUUUACUUAGAUUUGAUUGA